AGGGAAUAACAGCAUAUGAGAGAGAGAGGGAGGGUGCAGUGCAACAGUUCACUCGUCUGCUCGUUGAGUGUCACUGCUCUUUGAGCUCUGGCACUAUAGGCAACUUCACUUUAUCCUCAACGCACCAACGACCCUCCAAAACAUCCCACUGAGACGGACUACUUCAACAGGACGAGCACUUAUCCACAUUUCUCCUUGUCAGCUGAAGACCGCUUUAUUUAGAAAAACUUCCUCUCCACUGGCUCUAAAGGACUAAUUUCAAUCAAACCAAAAAUAAUAACCACAUCAACGACUUGUUUUCUGCAAGUCAACAGCUGCAUGGAUACUUUUGCUCCAAACCUGUGGUCACUGUAGGAAAUAUCCAUGGCACGAGUUGCUGGAGAGGCAUGUUCUUCGGGAUGAAUGAUGGAGGUAAAAGGGAAUCACUGAUGGUGUUUUCCAAGGUUCGGACGCACAGCACCAAGUUCAAGUAUGUCUGCACUGAAUCGAGACUCGUGCUAAAGUAACUCAACUCAUGACCUUCUGACAGAUAGAAACAGCCUCUGUCUGUUCUAAGUUACUCAAACAUUUGAGGCAGCAAUGCAUAUCAGGAAUGUCAUGUUUCUCCUCGCCAGGGCUUGUUUAGCGUCUCAACCCUGAGAGUCAUUUUUUAGAUUUUACACUCUUUUUUAACCAGCGUAAAAAGCCUGUUCCAAACAUGAACAACGACAGCAUCAACGUCACGGCUCCAUAUCACGAUGCGUAUGGUCCUGUGAUGCUGAUCGCUGUGGUGCCCAUCCUCCUGAUGAUAAUCGUGGGCAACCUGCUGGUCAUCAUCGCUAUAGCACGGAAUUCCCAGCUCCAGACUGUGACCAACAUCUUCAUUAUGUCUCUGGCGUGCGCCGACCUCAUCAUGGGUGUCUUGGUGGUACCCCUCAGCAGCACCAUCGUUGUGACUGGCAACUGGCCACUGAGCGAAACAUCCUGCAAUUUGUGGACAUCGGUGGAUGUCCACUGUGUGACCGCUAGCAUAGACACUCUUUGCGCUAUCGCUGUGGACCGCUACAUUGCAAUUACGAGACCGCUGCGCCACAAGGUUCUCUUGAACAAGUGGCGUGCCCGGCUGAUUGUUUGUGUGGUUUGGGUGGUGUCUGCCCUCCUGUCCUUCGUGCCCAUCAUGACCGGGCUGUGGCAAGCCGAGGAUGAUGAAGCCCAAAACUGCUAUAAGGACACAAAGUGCUGUGACUUUCUUGUCAACAAGACCUACGCCACCAUUUCUUCAGUCAUUUCGUUCUAUAUCCCACUGCUCAUCAUGAUCUUUGUCUAUGCUAAGGUGUUCCUUAUUGCCUCCAAGCAGGUCAAGCUCAUAGACAAAAGCAGAAUGAGGUUCCAAAAUGAAUGUGCGGCCGUCCAGGCGCUGCCACCUGCUCACGGCAACAACAACCUGCCAUCAACAUGUAAUAGCAGCAGUGCUCCAACAGGGAAGCGGAAAAAUUCCCGCCGCCGACCUUCCAAAUUAACUGUCUUGAAGGAACACAAGGCCUUGAAGACCCUCGGCAUAAUCAUGGGCUGCUUCACCCUCUGCUGGCUGCCUUUCUUCAUAGCCAACAUUAUCAGUGUCUUCAAUCGGAAAGUUAUUAGUCAAAGAAUUUUCCUGUUCUUGAACUGGCUGGGUUAUUUUAAUUCAGGCCUGAACCCCAUAAUCUACUGCCGAAGUCCAGAAUUCCGAACUGCCUUCAAGAGCCUCCUGGGUUGUCCCUGGCUGCAAAUGCCAAAGAUGAACUCCCUCUAUAAGGAGCUUAGGACCCGAUGCCCCUGUUUGCUGGGCACUGCAGAGACAGGCAUGACUGGAUCUUUCCAGAAGGCACCCUCAUCUCAAGGGACAAGCCCAGAGCUGGUACCAUGGGGAGAUGGGGACGAAAGUCUGGGAAGCAGCCAGAGCAGCGACAAGAGCGAGGAGCCAUCACCAGGACCACCGUACUCCAACGGCAGCACACACUUCAGUGAAUUCUCUGAAACAGGCACAGAGUUUUCCACCUUACAGGAGCAGGACGACUGAGAAUGCGCAGCUUGGCCGAGCGACAGUCAAAGAGAAGGGGGAAACGAGGAAGAGCGAGAGAGCACGACUAAUUGCGCCCGAGAAUGGCUAAACUUCCUGACCAGCAGUUCAAGGAUCAUCACAAUAUAUACAGAGUCGCAACGGGAGGCUCAGCAAAUGACUGUGAUGAAACCGACAAGACAAACAAGAUGAGCCAAAUGGAAAAUGCUGUGGCACGCACAGAGCGGACUGAUAAACACAUGAGACCGAACGGAGGGGCAGCACGGAACGGAUCGGUCCACUUCAGACCAUUUUGGCACGGUCAGAGUUUGACGGACAAGGACGUAGAGGCCCGGUCUGAUCUCCAGUCCCAAAGAGACCCCGAGUUUCAAGGAGAUUCCUCAAAGGCCGACCCCGACGGCACUCUGCGUUAACCAGACUGUGUAUAUCUGGAUGUUUUCUUUCACGAGCUCGGACUUUAAAGAACAUCUGCUGCGCACACCUGCAAAACAGACUUCUUCUAAGCACAAUGGAUGUAGCCUCUGGUUUUGAAUCUGAGAAAAGUGGCAGUCGAAACCAAAUUUUUUACUUAUGUUAAAUUAUUUUCUAUUUAUUUUUUAAUUCCGCCCCACUUUUUAUCUGUGAAUGUGCAAAGAAAAACAAGAAAUGCUUACGAGAACAAUACAGGUAUCCAAGUCGUACAGGUUCAACCUCUGUCCGGUGGUGUGUAUAUUAUGGUAGCUGAUGUGUUUCCUUUACUACGUCCAUUAUGAACUGCAAAGCCUAUCGUUUGUCUUCUGUGCUCAAGACUCCAACCACGUUACACUACCAUAUCCAGAGCUGGCCGUAUUUUAUUCAACCUGAGACUUAAAAAAACAACACCUCAUUCUUCUGUUCCAUUUCUUUAUCUUCAAUGCUGCUAACUUUUAUUAUUUUUUUUAUUUUUAUUAUUAUUAUUACUUCUAUGGAGGCAAGAAAGAUUGAUGAGCACUAAUCUUCUGCAACACUUCCAGUGUAUAGGGCACAACGCACAAUGUUGUUCUGUAUUACGCUUUCU